GCGGGACGCCAGUCCAGCCGCUAGCGACGCAGCCCCUGCGAGCCUCGCCCGCCGCCCCGUCUUCUGCAUGCGCCGUCUCUGCCACGGCAGACUACACGAGCGGGGUAUAAAAUGCUUUUUGAAGCAUGGAUACUUUUCCUACUUGCUAUGACACUUCCUGAUGCCAUCCUGGGAAUCACAACAUCUCAGCAGAGUUUAUCAGCAGUAACUGCUUCAUCAAAAGAUGGAAGAACAGCACGAAAACCAAGAGAGAAUUGUAGGUCAGCAAUUGAAUCAGCAAUGGAUUUGAUUAGCAAGCGGAACAUACAACAACCUAAUUUUAAUGGAAGCUUUCUAGAUCUUGCUGGUUAUGCUCUUCAUCAGCCACUCCGUUCAGCACCAUAUGAUAUGUAUGUGACUGAAAUGCGCAUAAAAAUGCCAGCUCAAGCAGUUUGGUUUGAGGUUGAACAUUGCCAAUGGGAGCCUCGUAAACGUACACUAGAAACUCGUCUAGGUUUUUCAGAGCUCAGUGUUACAGGUGCAGUGAAACUAUAUGAGGGAGAUUUCAUAAAAAACACACCACAUCCAUUGCCAACUGAUGUCUGUAAUGUAACGAUGCGCAUGAAACGAGCUGGACUGCAGAUUGCUGCUCAGCCACGUGUAUUGUCCAGUAGCAACAGAGGUAUUGCAGAUAUAUCUAUGGACAGUCAAUUUUUGCAACCUGAAUUUGUGAGUGUAUAUGUUUACGGCUGUCAUCCUCCAGGCCGAGAGCAUCGUGAGGAGUCAGUUAUAGGAGAAAAGCAAAAUUCAGCAAAAAACCAUGCUGCUGAAGAUACAACACAGGAAAUGGAACAAGUGUUUCUAAAAGGCAUUCAGUCACUUCUCAAGACUUAUCUUGGAAAGCAGCUUCAGCAGACUAUGAAGAACAUUGUUAUGAGAAAUAUGGGCUACACUGUUUCAUAUGGAAGGUAGUGAUGUAGGUUCACAGUUAUUAAAUGUUAUCAUACCUACAUAUUUUAACUAUAAAUACACCCAGUAUCAGUGAUUUACUUUUUUAAAUGUGUGCUAUGGGAAUGACUUGCGUACAUAAGCAGUUUGAUAAAUUUUCAGACUUAAUUUUGAUUAUAUGUUUAGAUCAGAGUGCAGAAUAAACAGCCUUUAACUGCAACCAUAGAACUGUUAGGCAAAAGACUUGAAAUUGUAAAUAGCACCAAAUUUUUGGGAGUUUGGAUCCAAGAUGACCUAAGAUGGCAGAAACACACACAACACCUAUAUAGUAAAUUAAAUACCAUUUGUUAUAGUAUAAAAAUUCUUGCUGGAUGCACAUCUAUGCAAGUCAUAAAAAAUGUGUACUAUGCCCAAGCAAAUAUGGUUUAAUUUGCUGGGGAAAUUCACCACCCAGCAAAAGGUGUUUUAUUGCACAAAAAAGAAUUAUAAGAGCCAUGGAAGGCUUAGCACCUCGAUCCUCAUGCAAACCCUCAUUUAAAAAGCUUCAUAUUCUUCCAUUACCAUGCCUAUAUAUCCUAGAAACAAUAAUGUUUAUAAGGAAAAUCGUAGCUGAAAAUAACAAGAUUGCUCCAAAAAAACCAAAAUAUCCAUUCAUACAACACAAGAAAUAAUCAAGAUUUACAUAUGCAGUUUUCACAUACAACACUAAAACAAAAAGGACCCUUGCAAGCAAGAAAAAAACUGUAUAACAAACUACCUAAAGAAAUUAAGGCAAUAACUGGCAUGCAUAAAUUCAAAACUGCAGUGAGUGACUACUUGCUACAGAAUUGUUACUAUAGCGCUGAUGAAUUUUUAUCUACAAUGUAAAUAUGUGAAAAUUUUAAUAGUUUAUACAAUUAAGGCCAAAAUAAGAAAUGUAUACAUUAGAUUUAUCUGUGUAUUAUAUGUGGUCUAUUACAUAUAUGUGUGUGUGUCUGUAUAAUCAAGGCCAAAAGUAUGAAAUAUGUGCGUGUAAAAUUUACUUGUGAAAUGUUAUUCCCAUAUGUUAGAGUUAUAUUGCUAUAUACUGAAAACCAUACAACAGCUUUUUUCUGUUAAACUUUAUUGCAAAUUAUUUGACUUGUCCUAUAUCAUUAUGUACCCCUGUACAGUGUAUG